AUGGACGCCAACGGUGUUUCUGUUCGUAACAAUACAAACAACAGAAAAUCACUCUCUUUUCUCUUCGUAUACGUGCUCGUUUUAGCGUACCAAGCGUUGAAUGAUGACAUUGGUCAACGCAACAUUAGGGGAAAUGAUGUGUCAGAAACGAGGACAGCAUCAUCGAGUUCCUCGACGAAAAAAGGCCUCUUCUUCGCCUACGUGUCCUACCUCGUGUACUCGUUCCUCCAAGGUGAAGACACGCACAUGUUUCGCCCACACCCGGGCGUCUGGAGGUGCGUGCACGGGAGUUUUGUCCUGUACCUCUUGUUCCUGGUGUUUUUGGUGUUUCAAGAGACGAAAGAACAGGCGAGAGCGAGGGUGUUUGCGUUUUGGGAUUCAAACUUAAUGUUCGCGGGUGAAGAUGAUGAGAAGAUGUUCCCGUACGAGGAACGGACGUACGCGACGGAUUGUCGAGUUUUUACUCCGGAGCAAUGCAAUCUAGCAAGUUUUGGGUCCUGUUUCCAGAACGUGAAGAACACGAUACUGGAUGAGUUUUUUCUCGCGCACGUGCUCGGCUGGUUCGGGAAGGCGUUGGCCAUUCGCGAUUGGCACUUGUUGUGGGCGUAUUCGAUUUUGUUCGAACUGAUGGAGGUGACGUUUAGGCAUUGGUUGAAGAAUUUUGACGAGUGCUGGUGGGAUUCGUGGGUGUUGGACGUGUUGGUGUGUAACUUUGGCGGGAUGUGGGUCGGGAUGCGGGCGACGAAGUAUUUCGCGACGACCAACGUUGGUAGGGGUAGUUAUAGCGGGAGCAGUAGGGAGGAAAGUAGCGAAGGAGUUGAAGAUCAUGGUUUUACUGAGAGAGUGAUAGAUGAUUUCGAGGAGAGUAGUAGUAGCGAGGAGGAUGAAUACGACGAAGAUGGACAAGAAGGAGAAGAUGAUGAGAACGAGAUGAAGAACAAACCGGCGGCGGCGGCGCGUUCUUCCGAGCGCACGAAAGAUGAAAGCGAUGGAAAGAAAAACCGCCAUCACAGACGACGUCCGUCGUCGAAUUUCGUUCGCGUCGCGCGAAAAUCGAUCGAAAAUUACAUCCUUCCGGAGAAAGGACAUAACUGGUAUCGUUACGAAUGGCAGCCGUUCAAGACUCCCGGUCGUUUCAUUCAGUGCGUGUUCCUCAUCGGUAUGUGUUUAUCGUUUGAAUUGAACGCGUUCUUCUUGAAGUUCAUUUACGGCAUACCUCCGCCGCAUAUUUUGAACACUUUACGUUUAGUGCUUUGGUUUGCACAGGCAAAUAUUGCCAUCAGAGAGUAUUACGUGUUCAUAACGGACGAGCGCGGGAUUUGGAAAGCUCAGUUAGGCGCGAACGCGUGGUUGGCGAUUGCCGCCAUGGCGAUGGAGUUUCUGGUGAUUCUGAAACACGGGGACGGUUUGUUCACGGCAAAGUGGCCAAAAGCGGUCGUCCGGUGUUGGUUAGCGGUUAGUGCAGUUAUAGUUGGUGGAUUGAUCGUCUGGCAGUUUAAGAAGGAGAAGGAGAGAAGAGUGAUGACGAAGACAAAGUACAAGAACAAGAAGAACAUUUAG